GCCUCACGGCAGAAGUGAGGCUGUUGACAGCACAGGUGAAAGUCAACCGCUAGAACCGUGACAAACCCAGAAAUUCGAGGAGACAGUCCUCGAGAGACGCUCGUACGGCGAACGCCGAAGCGUGCCGGUUUUGCGUCGACGGCGCGUCUUCGCUGCAGACGUCGUUCUCGAGACUACGCUGCUUGUUUCUUGUCUACAUCUAACUUCGGGCACUCAUGAACGGGCAAGAGGCUUUCAGGCGGCUGGCACAGCAGCUUCAACGUGCAAGCGGAGGUGGUGGAGGAGGUCCUAAGGGUCCAGGAGGCCCUAAAGGACUCUUGACUGGUGGCGGUCUCGUAGUCGUGCUCAUUGGUGGUGGUCUUGCUCUCAAUGCCAGUCUGUUCAACGUGGAUGGUGGUCACCGAGCAAUCAAGUACACCCGAGUACACGGUAUCUCUAAGGAAAUAUAUCCAGAAGGAACCCAUUUUAUGAUCCCCUGGUUCGAAACACCAAUUGUUUUCGAUAUUCGUGCGAAGCCACGUAAUAUCGCCAGCCUUACGGGCACAAAAGACUUGCAGAUGGUCAACAUCACUUGCCGUGUGUUGUCAAGACCAAGUAUCUCCGCUCUUCCUACGAUUUUCCGUGAACUUGGAACGGACUAUGACGAACGAGUGCUUCCGUCUAUUGUCAAUGAGGUCUUGAAGAGUGUCGUUGCUCAGUUCAACGCCAGUCAGCUGAUUACGCAGCGUGAGAUGGUCUCACGUCUCGUCCGAGAAAACUUGACUCGUCGGGCGUUGAGAUUCAACCUUGUGCUGGAUGACGUCUCUAUUACGCAUGUCGCCUUCUCUCCUGAAUUCACCCAUGCUGUAGAAGCGAAACAGGUUGCACAACAAACCGCAUUGCGGGCAGCAUUCCUAGUUGAUCAGGCUAUCCAAGAGAAGCAGUCGAUCAUCGUUCGCGCUCAGGGUGAGGCUCGCAGUGCUGAGCUGAUCGGAGAGGCCAUGCGCACAAACAAGGGCUUCCUUCAAUUGCGUCGUUUGGAGGCCGCUCGAGACAUUGCCAACUUGCUCUCAGCCUCAAACAAUAAGGUCAUGCUGGACUCACAGAGUCUGCUUUUAAAUGUUGCUGUCGACGAUGCGAAGGAGUUGCUAUCGGUGAAGAAGUAAGAUACCGACACUAUUCUUCUUGAUCCUGCCUGGAUGUGGCCGCGCUCUGAGCUUCACUGUAAAUUAGCAUGCUUGUGAGUUCAAAAUUGAGAAAUAAUUCAAUCUCAUUGGACGCGCAGGGCGUCUAAUUGCGGGAAGUCCUUCACUUUCACGCAACAGUAAAUUAGCACAUCUACCGACAGACUACUUGGUCCUGUGAAUACGAAGCUUGUUGGGCUUGUACACGUAGUUCUCUGCGUAGUUCUUUGGUGGGACCCUCUUAACUUCCGGUGCCUCACUGUAUAAACGAUCGUGUUUAGUCAUGCGGUG